AUAAUCGAAACAAUUGCGAAAUGAAGGUCCUAACUCUUCUCCUCCUGACUGCCUUGGUGGCAGUGGCUUCCGGCCGCCCGAACGGCGGUUGGUUUGGAAAUUUUGGCGGCAACUGGGCCAGGAAGUUCGGCUGGGGCUCCUCCAGUGACGAGGAAAGCGUGCAGGAACAGAAGUGGAAUAGCCAGAAUCAGUGGAACCCCAAUGGGCAUGGUCAGGGUCAGUGGAAUGCCGGCAAUGGUCACGGCCAGUCUCACGGAAAUAACCAUGGACACGGAAACAACCACCAUGGUAAUCAUGGCAACAAUCAUGGCCAUGGUAAUGGUCAUGGUCACGGUGAUCACCGUCCUCCUCCACCACCACCACCAACGGAUCUGCCUGAGCUUACCACCGAGGACGAUAUUGUAUCCACCACGGAUGUGACCAAUCCCGCAGAGGAGACCACCCUGGCUCCCGAACUUCCAGAGGAAUCUACCACCCAGGCACCAGAGGAAAUCACCACCGGCUCUGAAGAAGGUAGCGGUUCCGCGGAAGAUAGCACCACCCUGGCCCCUGAAGCCCCUGAGCAAUCCACCACUCAGGAACCGGAGGAAAUCACCACUGAGUCUGAGGACGGUAGCGGUUCUGAGGAAACCACUCAGGCUCCGGAAGAAACUACCACUGAAGCCGAGGACGGAAGCGGUUCUUCUGACGACACCACUGUGGCACCUGAAGACCCAGAGGAUUCUACGACCCAGGAGCCAGAGGAAACAACCAGCGACGCUGAGGAUGGAAGCGGUUCUACCGAGGAAUCCACCACCGAGGCUCCUGAAGAAUCCACCAGCGAGGCUCCCGAGGAAUCCACCACCGAGGCUCCCGAGGAAUCCACCAGCGAGGCUCCCGAGGAAUCCACCACCGAGGCUCCCGAAGAAUCCACCAGCGAGGCUCCCGAGGAAUCUACCACAGAUACUUUAGCGGUCUAGAAAGUUGAUUUCAUAGUUCCCAAGGUUCCUGGUGCUUUUCCUCAAGAAUCGUUCAGAACUGGACGUUUCCAAGUAGCAAGGUUAUUAAACAAAGCGUUGUAAAACGAUCUAUGGUGCAAAUAUUAAACUGUUACAGCUAAAUUAUUAACAUGUUCUCACAGAACGACGUGAAACCAUUUCUAGGAUUAAGAUUGAAGUCUCAUGCAGCCACAUCGUGUUAUGUUGUCACGCAUUCGCCAUUUAGUUUUAUAGUUCUUACAAUCUGAACAAUUAAACCACCCGAAAAAGAAAGAAAA